GAGAGCACUGUUAACAGUUCCGAUGAAAUAUGUACCACAGUGUCUUCAGCACUGGAAACUUAUUCCAGUAAGUUAUCCUGGAAUGUGUCCGAAGCUGGCCCUAACAAAUCAAAGAGCAAGGCGUCCUCACAGGAUGUUUUAUCUCAUCACACCACUAUGGAGGAAGUUCAGUGCAGAGACAUCAACAUACAAGGUGAAAUUAUCGGUUCAUCUCUCCCACAAACCUCACCUCAGGAGGACCUCAGAGGACAGCCCCACAGCAUGUCUACUGCUGGUCGGAGAGGUGAAAGGAGCAGCUCAUCUCUCCUACAAACUGCACCUCAGGAGGACCUCAGAGGACAGCCCCUCAGUGUUGCUACAGCUGCUUCAAAGAACAACAUGACCUCACAAGAUAGAUCAACUCCAUUCUCCAGCAAGGAGGCCCAGGAUGAGGGUCCGAUUGUACAAGAAAAAGACCUCAGCCCAUCCUCCCCAGAAAUACCUCAGGGACACCUAAGUGGUCGGAGACAGACUGCACCCAGAGCCCCCUUUAGAAAGCGGAUUUGGAAGAGCCUACAGAGCAGGAUUAUAAAAGGCCUGAGAAGUUUAUGCUGCUGCAUACCAACAGAAAAGAGGGAGCGCCUAGGCUGCAACAAAAUCCUGCCUGUGACCUUAGAGGACCAUGGAGGGAGCCAAGGUAACAGUGCUGUUGGAGGCACUGUGCUCCCCCAAAGCUGAAACCAGAGAGUGAAGAGCAGCAUGCUGAGGAUGCACAGGGCCGCUGGAGAGAGCCAGCUACCUGUCGCCAGGUGUACCAUGAGCCAUUAGAAGAGAGAGCGGCACCGGAAGCAGAGGAGGACCCCAGAGGGCCUGCCCAGUUUGUAUGUGUUCAAGAUGAGUAUUGCUGACCAGGUUGGAGCCAGACACAGAGGAGGAACGAGUUUGCAGGGAGUGUCCAUCUUGUGCUCAUUUGGGAAGGUAGAGUGUGUGGGAACAGGUGAGUCCAUUAGUUAUGGUGCAGCUCUCAGCACCAUCCUGAACUACUAGACAGCUUGCUUCCCAUCCCCACCAGAUCCAGACACCUUCAUAACUCACCCCAGCACUAUUACUGCUGAACUGCUUGUUGCUUUGCAACCUGAGUCAUAUGGAUGCACUCUUCUCUACUCUGUAUCUGGACAGACAGGGACACACACACACACACACACACACACACACACACACACACACACACACACGUUUCUCCCAAUGUACCUCGUGCACAGUUGACACUAACGAAGUUCGCUUGAACUGGAGAG